CUCAGACGGCGGCAGCUCCUUUCCCCGUCUUCUCUCCCCUCCUCUCUUUCAGCACCACUCCUUUAAGGACAGCACCUCGCGCUCAAAGACGCAUUUGUCCACCAUCCUCCCCCCUCAGGAUCAUAUAAUUGCUGGCUGUCGUCGGAUGCAAAGUUUUCAUCUUUGGUUUUUAUUUUGUGAAAGUGCAAGGAAGUAACUUUUUUUUUUUAAAUUCGGAUUUUCCCAUUUUCGGGGAAACAAUCUGGCAAGGAAAAGGAUCUUAUUGGUCUCGACUGCUGCUAAGGUGCCUCCGCUUCUGCUCCUGAUCACUCUCAUCACCCCGAUUAUUCGUCUCUGCUCGGCUGUUAUCUUGGAGCUGGGUGUACGGGACAGAGAAGCUGCUGUCUGCCUGGACCGGUGCUGAACCCCCCCCUCUCCACUGGUCAGGACUAUCCGACACGCACAGUGACCAUGGCGACCAACGGGACCAAAGCCUCGGACGGACACGUCUUAACGGAGACUGUGAACGACGCGCCGACCACCACGCCAAACGACAAACCCAAAACCUUGGUGGUGAAAGUGCAGAAGACGAAAAAGGAGAUACCCGAGAGAGAAACAUGGGGGGGGAAAUUUGACUUUCUUCUCUCUUGUGUCGGAUACGCAAUCGGACUCGGAAAUGUCUGGAGAUUUCCUUAUUUAUGUGGGAAAAACGGAGGAGGGGCCUUCUUGAUUCCCUACUUUUUGACCCUCAUAUUUGCUGGCAUGCCCCUGUUCUUUCUGGAGACGGCUCUUGGUCAGUACACUUCUAUUGGAGGGCUUGGAGUGUGGAAACUGGCCCCAGUGUUCAAAGGUGUGGGUCUGGCUGCUGCUGUUCUGUCCUUCUGGCUCAAUAUCUAUUACAUUGUAAUCAUUUCCUGGGCUCUUUACUAUCUGUACAAUUCCUUCACUACUGAACUGCCAUGGCAGACUUGUGGCAAUCCCUGGAACACAGACCGCUGUUACACCAACUACAGCAUCGUAGACACCACCAACCUAACCAGCGCUGUGGUGGAGUUCUGGGAACGUAACAUGCACCAGCUGACCGAUGGUCUGGAGAAGCCUGGGGAGGUCAGGAUCCCAUUGGCUAUUACACUUGCCAUUGCAUGGGUGCUGGUCUAUUUCUGCAUCUGGAAGGGGGUCAGCUGGACUGGCAAAGUGGUGUAUUUCUCAGCCACAUACCCUUACUUCAUGCUGUUCAUCCUGUUUUGCCGUGGCAUCACUCUACCCGGUGCCUUUGAUGGAAUCCUCUUCUAUAUCACACCUGACUUUGAGAAACUUAAGGAAUCUGAGGUGUGGCUGGAUGCUGCCACUCAGAUCUUCUUUUCCUAUGGGCUGGGAUUAGGCUCUCUGAUUGCUCUUGGCAGCUACAAUACCUUCAAUAACAACGUAUACAGAGAUUCUGUCAUUGUCUGCUGCAUCAACUCCUUCACCAGCAUGUUCGCUGGCUUUGUCAUUUUCUCCAUCGUGGGAUUCAUGUCCAAUGUAACAAAGAGACCCAUCGCUGAUGUGGCAGCCUCAGGACCUGGCCUGGCAUUUUUGGCUUAUCCUGAGGCCGUCACCCAGCUGCCCAUCUCUCCCCUCUGGGCCAUCCUCUUUUUCUCCAUGCUGCUGAUGCUGGGAAUCGACAGCCAGUUCUGCACUGUGGAAGGCUUCAUCACUGCACUGGUUGAUGAAUUCCCUCAUAUUCUCCGAAAACGCAGAGAGAUCUUUAUUGCGGUCGUCUGCCUUGUUUCUUACAUCAUUGGACUGUCUAACAUCACACAGGGCGGUCUGUACGUGUUCAAACUAUUUGACUACUACUCAGCUAGUGGGAUGUGCCUGCUCUUCCUGGUCUUCUUUGAGUGCAUCUCAAUUUCAUGGUUCUAUGGUGUGAACAAAUUCUAUGACAACAUUGAGGAAAUGGUUGGCUACAGGCCCUGUCUGUGGUGGAAGGCCUGCUGGGUCGUUUUCACUCCGCUCAUUGUGGCUGGAGUGUUCUUGUUCAGUGCAGUGCAGAUGGUUCCCCUCACCAUGGGCGACUACGUGUUCCCAGCCUGGGGGCAAGGGGUCGGCUGGUGCAUGGCCCUCUCCUCUAUGAUGCUCAUCCCUGGCUACAUGGGCUACAUGUUCCUCACACUCAAAGGCACAUACAAAGAGCGUCUGCGGAUGAUGAUCAAGCCUUCGGUGCUGGUGAAGGCUCAGGAAAACGGCCCGGACCAGCAGACAGAAAACCAGAAUCAGAACCCUGCCAACGAGGAAGCCUACAUCUAGAAAUUUCUUCCUGUCUCUCUGUCUCGACGGCCAGACGGGCGCUCUACACAGAAGAAACGUAAUCAAGGUUGGGAACGACCACCAGACUUCCAUGUCUGCUUUUAUUCACCUAC